AAAAGGAGGAAAAGUUAAAAGAGGAUCGACGUUAAGAUUGCACGAAAUCAACCUAACCUCAAAAUCGCUCGAAACAAUCAUCAUCAUGGAUGUUUUCGCGAUAUUGCUGAUCGUUCUCGCGACUCUAGGAUUGUACCAUCUUCUGAAAUCGGAAAAUCCUUUCAAGGAGCACGGUUUACCUUACAAAAGUUAUCUUCCAAUUCUGGGUAGUACGUGGGAAUCGAUAUUAAAGCGGAAACCAUUCGCCGUGGUGAUUCAAGAGAUUUACAAUCUAGCUCCAUCCGCGAGAUACGUCGGAUUCUAUAACAGAAUGACGCCGGUCGUGAUGAUUCGGGACCCGGAAUUGAUCAAGGCCAUCGCGGUGAAGAAUUUCGACGUGUUCAGGAACCACAGAACCGUGAACAACGUCCAAACAGACGACAUCCUGCUAUCUGGUAAUUUGUUGUUGCUGCGCGACAACAGGUGGAAAGAGGUUAGGUCUCUCAACACUCCGGCCUUCAGCUCGAGCAAGAUAAGAUCCAUGCACCGUUCCAUGUCCGAGAUCGCUGUAAACGUUGCGAAAUAUCUAUCGACUCUUCCAUCGGGGCAAAAUGUGGUGGAGAUGAAAGACGUGUUCGCCAGAUACGCGAACGACGUGUUCGCCAUUUGCGCGUUCGGCAUCACCGUGGAUUCUCUAUCGGACAGGGAGAAUAAAUUCUACGAGCUGGGAAGGGAGGCUCUGGACAUUCACAGCACGCCAAUUCUAAAGUUGAUCUUGAUCUUCGCGUUUCCGAAAUUGGCAAGAAGAUUGGGCGUGACUACUCUGGUGAGCAAGGAAGCGACCAAUUUCUUCACCCAAGUGGUGUCUGAAAAUAUAAGGAUGAGGGAAGAGGGAAGUGUAACGAGGUCGGAUUUCGUUCAAGUAAUGAUGGACAGUGAGAGAUGGAAAAGCAAGGAGUUGACAGUGGAGGAUAUCACUGCUCAAGCUUUCGCGUUCUUCUUUGGGGGAUUCGAGACCACUUCCGGUUUAUUAUCGUUCGCCGCCCACGAGCUGGCAGCGAAUCCAGAGAUUCAGGCCAAAGUUCACGCCGAGAUAGAUCGUGUUCUAGUUUCCAGUAACGAGAUCACGUUCGAACGAGUGAACGGUCUGGGAUAUCUCGACGCUGUGAUCAACGAGACACUGAGAAUGUAUCCAAUUAUACCCAUCACGGACCGAGAGUGUUCGAAACGGUUCGAGUUACCGCCUGCACUGCCCGAUACGAAGCCUUACGUGCUAAAAGAGGGCUCUCAUGUUUGCCUCCCGAUCUACGCGAUCCAACGCGAUCCGAGGCAUUUCGAGAAACCCGAUUGCUUCGAUCCGGAUCGAUUUCUGGGUAAUAAGAAGAAGGGGAACGAUGCUUUCAACGAUGACGCUUACAUACCUUUUGGCACGGGUCCAAGGAGUUGCAUUGGCAAUAGAUUUUCCAUGGUGGAAACCAAAGUCGCGUUGUUUCAUAUUCUUGCCAGAUGUCGGUUGGAGGUCUGCUCGAAAACGACUAUACCUAUGGAGUUGAGGAAGAGAGGAGUGUUUCUCACGGCGAAAAAUGGAUUUUGGUUGAGAAUCGUGCCCAGGCAUCGAGUUAUGACGAUGCUCGAUUCGUGGUCGAUAACCGCGGCUAUAGUCGCUGUCCUCGCGAUAGCCUAUUACCAAUUGAUCUGGAGGUACAAACAUUUCGAAAGAAUCGGCAUUCCUUAUUACACAUCCGUGCCACUGUUGGGAAGUUUUUGGGAGGCGGUUAUCCAACGGGAUAAUUUCGCCGACGUGUCGAGGAAAAUCUACAACAUGUAUCCCGACGUGAAGUACCUGGGUAUGUACGACACAAUCACUCCGGUGCUGAUGAUCCGGGACACGGAUCUGAUCAAGACGAUCUCCGUGAAGAACUUCGAACAAUUCCCGGAUCACAGAUCGUUCCAGAACGAGGCGACCGACCCGUUGUUCGCCAAGAACUUGUUCGCCCUUCGUGGGGACAGAUGGAGGGAGAUACGAAACCUGUUGAGUCCAGCGUUCACAUCGAGCAAGAUGAAAUCGAUGUUCAUACUGAUGCGGGAUUGCGCGAAAGAUUACGGGGAUUAUUUCGCCUCUUUGACCGGGGAGGAGAGCACGAUCGAGUUGAAGGACGCGUUCACGAGAUACACGAACGACGUGAUCGCGACUUGCGCGUUCGGCGUCGAGGUGAACUCGAUGAAGGACAGGAAGAACAAGUUCUACGUUUACGGGAGGGAGGGAACCACUUUCGGAUCGUGGGCGUCCAUCAAGUUCUUCAUCACGAGGAUAUUUCCCAUGAGCGUGUGCACCCUGUUGAGGAUCAGAUUGAUCAAGAAGGAGAUAUCCGAUUUCUUCAUCGAUCUGGUGGCCGACACGAUCAAGACAAGGGAGGAGAAGGGGAUAGUACGGCCGGACAUGAUCCAACUGAUGAUGGAGGCCAGGGGAAAAUUGAGCCCGGGAAGGGAGAUGAGCAUGAUAGACAUGUGCGCCCAGGCGUUCGUCUUCUUCUUCGGUGGUUUCGAGAGCACCUCAACGUUGAUGUGCUUCGCCGCCUACGAGGUCGCCGUGAACGAGGAUAUACAGAGGAGGUUGCACAACGAGAUCGACCAAGUUUUGGAGCAGGGGGGUGACGAGGUGACGUACGGGGCGAUUAACGAGAUGAAAUUUCUCGACGCGAUCAUUUACGAGGCUCUUAGAAUGUAUCCGGUCGUGGUGGCCACGGACAGGGUUUGCAUAAAACCGUUCGAAUUGCCGCCCAACAGGCCGGGCGAGAAGCCUCACGUCAUCAACGAGGGGGACAACGUGUGGUUCCCGAUCUACGGGAUUCAACGAGACCCCCAGUUUUAUCCGGAACCGGAUAAAUUCGAUCCGGACAGGUUCUUGAACGACACGAAACAGAUGAUCAAUUCCGGCUUGUUCCUCACGUUCGGGAUGGGGCCCAGGAUGUGCAUAGGCAACAGAUUCGCCAUGCUGGAGACGAAGGUUUUGCUGUUCCAUUUGUUCGCGAGAUGCACCCUCUCCCCGUGCUCCAAAACUACCAUACCGAUGAAACUGAACAAGAAAGGGUUCUCGAUGACCGCAGAGAAUGGAUUCUGGUUCAAGAUCGAGCCGAGAACCGCGAGGAAGGACGGGGUUGAGAAAAUUUCGGUUCCAGGCACGACGAUGCUUAUCGAUAAAAUCCCUGACAGAUAUCCUGACAAUUGAGUAUUUUUUUGUAAUUGAAACUUUUCC